AUGAAUAAAUGUAUGUUUUUUUUAAAAUUCAAAAUUUUCGUUUUAUAUGCAUUUAUUAAUUGCACUGGUGGAUACUGGAAAAGAACUCUUACUAGAUCGGGGAAGUGGGCUACAGUAUCUUAUGAAUUUAUACCUUAUUACAAAUUUGAUUAUACUCAUUUUCCGGGUGGCAAAGUUAGAAAAGAAGUUAAGGAACUUGGAGAUGUAGAGUUUGAUGCAUCACUUCACGUUUUAUCUAGGUUAUUACAUUAUCGUCACCGUAAGAAAGAAAUAUUUGACAUACUUGAGGAAGGUUCUAUAAUUUCAUCGGUUCUCUCAGAAUAUCAAGAGAAGAAAAAAUAUAAUUUUAAAGAUAUCACAUCAAGGGAACACUGUGUUAACAGAAUAAAAACCCGUCUUAUAUAUAUUGUAAUUGAAGGUAUUUUAACAAGAGAAUACUUAGAAUUAGCUAAAAAGUAUUUUUGGAUUGAACAAAGAGUAGAUGAAGAAAUGUCUGUUAAAGUAUUUAAUCAAAAAACUGAGAAGGCGAGAACGAAAAUGUGUAAAAAUGAAGUUGAAAUAAAGAAACUUAUAAGUAAAUUAGAAAGAGGUAAAAGCGUAAAACUAUCAGAAGGAAUGAUAGCUAAUACUGUAAGUACAGUUGAGGACUUUCUUCUUGAUGUAUUAAGAACUUCCAAAGAAGAAGUGGCAUCCAAUGAUUCUACCAAAAAAAAUUAA